AUGUCGACGACAUUCUUGCUGCCUACGCUGCUUCUUGCGGCACUUGCGGCCACCGCGACGAGCCUCACCUUGAAGCCGGGCUGCCGGCCAAGCUGUGGCGGCGUUGACGUUCCCUACCCUUUUGGCAUCGGCCAAGGCUGCUUCCUCCCCGGCUUCGAGAUCGUCUGCGACAACAGCAGGCCUAUCCUAGGGAACACCAAGCAGGCUAUAGAGGUGUUCGUGCUCAGCUUGUCCGUGACCCCGCGACCAGAGGCACGGGUGAUGGUGCCCAUAACGUGGCAGUGCUUCAACUCCUCCGGCGACGCUAUCAAGUGGAGCAUCAGCACCGUAAACUACAAUCGGGCCGGUGUGUACCGCAUCUCCAACAAUCACAACGAGCUCGUCGUUCUAGGCUGCAACACCUUCGUCUACACCAACGGUGGGCCGCGCGGUCGCUCCACCUACACCUACUACACGGGCUGCGCCGCUUACUGCGACAACGCCCAGAGUGCGCGUGAUGGCGACUGUACCGGAGUCGGCUGCUGCCAUGUUGACAUCCCACCGGGCCUUUCCGACAACAAGAUGCGGUUCUCGGGGGAUCCGGAUUGGAAGAACCCGGGCAUGCCGUUCAGCCUUUGCGACUACGCCUUCAUCGUGGAGAAGGGCAACUACACGUUCCAGAAGGCUGACCUCAAAAUGGACCUCGAGACCAGCAAGCCGCUGCGGCUAGACUGGGCCAUCCGUGUCAACAACGGCAGCUCCCUGUCGUGCGCCGAGGCGCCCAGCAUGCCGGGGUACAUGUGCGUCAGCCAACACAGCGAGUGUGUCGACUCCACCAACGGUCCCGGAUAUGUGUGCAACUGCACCGAAGGCUACGAGGGCAACCCGUAUCUUCACAAGGGAUGUACAAGCAUCGGCCUAGGUGUGUCCAUCUUGGUUUUUGCCUUGCUCUUGGCAUUCAUAAUGCACCAAAAGAGAAAACUUGCUGAGCAUUUUGAAAUGAAUGGGGGUAAUAUACUAAAAUCAGUCAUAGGCCUGCCCAUUUUCACAGAGAAGGACCUAAAGAAAAUCACUAAGAAUAAUUCAGAGUGUCUGGGUAAUGGAUAUUUUGGUAAAGUGUACAAAGGAACUCUACCCGAUGAAGCAAUCGUGGCAGUUAAAUCCUUUAUCAAGGUAGAUAAAGACAGAAUAGGGGAAUUUACGGAGGAAGUGAAGAUCCAAUUGAAAAUGAAACACCCUAACAUUCUCAAGCUAAUGGGUUGUUGCCUCCAGCUGGAUGUUCCAAUGUUGGUGUAUGAGUUCGCUGCAGAAGGGAGUCUCAGAGACAUUCUACACUGGAAACAAAACCAAAAGCUCUCAGCGGAGUUACGGUUGGACAUUGCAAUUGGGUCUGCCAACGGAUUAAGCUAUAUGCACUCUGAAGACAUACGGCAUGGAGAUGUGAAACCAGACAACAUACUUCUCAGUGACAAGUCAAUACCAAAAAUAGCUGAUUUUGGGCUAUCUAAACUACUUAACCCAGGGGAAAAAUUUACUAAGAAGGUUAUUGGGUGCCAGGGUUACAUGGACCCAGUUUUCAGGAACACUGGUAUAUUAACCUCAAAGAGCGAUGUCUAUAGCUUUGGGGUUGUUCUCCUAGAACUCAUAUCUAGGAAAAAAGUGGAAUAUGGUGAAAGCGGUAGCCUCAUCAUUGAAUUUCGCCAUAUAUAUGAGACAAAAAAGAGUGGAAGGUCAUUGUUUGAUGAGGAGAUUGUAGCUGAAAAAGAUAUUCUGAUCCUUGAAGAAAUUGGCAAGCUAGCAAUGCAAUGUCUAAAAGAACGUUUAGAUGGACGUCCUGGUAUGAAAGAAGUAGCAGAACAACUUGUCAAGAUUAAAGAGAAUAUUGUACAUACGACUGCAACAACACUUAGAUGA